CCCAUCACCAAAGUGAACAGGGUGUGGGGACGGUGCCUUGCUCAGAGCACCUCAGUGGUAACUUGGCAGCUGGUGGACUCAAACCUGAAGUCCGCUUCCAUAAGCACUAAACCACCACUGCCCCCAUAAAGCAGUCUUCUGAGUGUAUGUAAUCCAGAAAAAAGUUGGAUUUAACAUUAACAAAAAACAAAGCCAAUGCAGCGUUAGACAAAAUGUUAGACAUACAGUAUAUCAUAUUAUACCCAGUUUUACACCAUGAAAAAUGAAUCACCUAUCAUCCAAAGCAGACAGAGCUGUUGUAGUCUUUGCAGGAUUUUUAUAUCUAGAAAUGUUGACAUCUACAGCUAUAUCUAGGCUUUAUAAAAAUGAAGGCCUUAUAAGGUAGCAAGUGUCACAGUUACAUACUGUAGAAACAUUUUUUUACCAUGACAGUAUUUGUUUGUUCAGUAAUUUGGUAAAGUGAUUCAGUGAUAUUCAGCGUUCAGUGUGGGUGUAUUUACAGCUUACUAUAAGUGUUCUGCUGAAACAAACAGGAAAUAGUUUAUCAGCUCUUACCAACACCAUGUCCAUCAACAACCAAACCCACACCCGGCCCUGAUGCUGUUUCAUUUUAGUCAGACUCACUGCUGGUCGCUGUUCUCUGAAUUGGGCUCAAGAGACUUCAGUUUUACAGACACAUCUGGAUCCAAUCACACGGUGGAAGGAGGAGAAGAAGGGAGGAGGGUCAUUUCUGCAGGUCUUGAAUUAAACACAGGAACGGGAAACCUUUCUAGCUGAAAACAAAAGAGACGUAGCAGAAGAAGAGCAAAAAUGUGGACUUCAAAAAUGCUGGUCUUCAUCACAGUAAUGUCUCUCUUAUGUGGAGCUACAGUGUCUUUGAAUUCUUCUGAACACCAGUGCUCGGGGAUGUCUUUCCGUCUGCGGGCAUUCAAACUCAUGACUUCCUGUAACGUCACAACCUUAACGGAGAGGCAUCUGAAGGAAAUCCAGGCACCACCCACGACACGUUACCUGCCACUCUUGUACCUGGUGGCAUUUGUAAUAGGUUUCCCAUCAAACCUGCUGGCUCUCUGGGUUCUGGUGUUCCGAACUAAACCCCAGCCUUCCACCAUACUGCUCAUCAACCUGACAUUAGCCGAUGUGCUGCUGUUGCUGGUGUUGCCAUUUCGUAUUGUAUACCAUUUUCGAGGGAAUCACUGGAGUCUGGGGGAACCAUUCUGUCGUUUUGUUAUUGCCGCAUUUUAUGGCAAUAUGUAUGGAUCUGUGGUGUGUUUGGCUUGCAUAGCUCUGGACCGAUACAUUGCACUGGUUCACCCGUUCAAUGCUAAGGUGUUGCGCAGCCGGCGGACAUCUUUGUACAUGACAGCUGUAGUUUGGGUAGUGGUUCUGGCUGCAAUGCUUCCCCUGCUAAUGUCACAGCAGACAUAUAUAUUGGACGAGCUUCAUAUCACCACCUGCCACGAUGCCCUUCCUGAAGAAGAGCAGGAGAAUUAUUUCCUGCCAUACUUUGCUACUUUGUUCUCUAUCUGUUUCCUGUUGCCCUUCAUGAUUGUUAUAUUCUGUUACUGUAGUGUGUUGCGCACCCUGCUAGCUGAAGGCAAGCGAUAUGGUCACGCUAUUCGAGUGACAGUACUUAUUUUGCUUGUCUUUACUGUAUGCCUCCUACCCAGUAAUGUUCUCCUCCUCCUCACUUACUCAGACAACUUCCUCGAAGGAGAUGGGGAGGACAUCUAUGUCCCGUAUAUGAUAAGCUUAUCAGUUAGCACCUUCAACAGUGUGAUUGACCCGUUCAUCUUCUACUAUGUGUCACCAGAAUUUAGGGGAAAAGUGCACAAUGCACUCAGCUGCAGUAAUAUCUCAGACACCACAACAGCUUCUGCAAACAAUGUGUCAUCUUCGGCAGUGUCAUCCUCUGGCUUAAGGUCAAAAGGAACCCUGCUGUCCGAGCUAGGUCAGCGGGGAGCUUCACAGACGGAGUGAAGAGAAGAAGUCAGAACAAGUCCAUGUGAGUCACUGUCAGAGAAGAACAGCUGAUCGCCUUGCCUUUUACAUGGGCAUAAAAACUAAGUUAUUGGUUGACUGGUUGGCUGUGUGAUGCCACUCUUAUAGACUGUUGGUUCAGAACAGAGAACUGAAUACAAAAACUUGACCUUUAUUUUGACUUGAAGAACAAAAUCUUAAGAAAAAGAACAAAAAAUGACUUUCCUAUAUUUUUUACCUUCUUUAUUAUUUUAUUUCUUUGUAAUAUUUUAUUUUAUUUUGCUGAGAUAUUGUCACAGUUCUUCCCUAUAUUUUAUGCAUUAAAA